UUUUUCAAUUGAUAUUUAGACCAGAAUUCAACUUAUUUUGACUUGAUCCUUCAAAGGUACACACACACACACACACACACACACACACACACACACACACGAGAAAGAAAGAGGGAGGCGGAUAAAGGGGAUGAGAUGAGGAAGAGAGAGAGAGAGAGAGAGAGAGAGAGAGAGAGAGAGAGAGAGAGAGAGAGAGAGAUGAACAGACAGGUGAAUAACGUGGACUGACUAAAAACAACUGGCACAUGUGAAAAGUAAUUCAUCUCUGGAAAACAGCACUGGGAGAGGAGGUGGAGGACAUCAAGGAGUCGGUUUAUAACAGUUAAUAAUCAUGGAGUUGAUGUUGGAGUCUGAAGUUGUCACAGACCAGGAUGAACCCAGAAGCAGACUGGAGCAGAUCAGGUUAAAGCAGGUCUUUAUUCUGAACAAACAAGUCCAACAGGAUGAUUCAAAGCAGAGUUUAAUAUUCCAGAUUAGCAGGAAACACAGGGAGCAACAGAAGGAGCUGAAUCUCACCUCAUCCAGGUCACUAAAACAGAGGAACUAAACCCAUCAGUCACAGACGGAUCAGAUGAACCCACACACACACAUCAGACUAAACUAAAUGCUCUUGGACAGGGGACAGACACGGGACAGGACUGGACAACAAGAAGACUGGACACACCAAGUGUGGGACACAAGGGACGCAGGGACGGAAUGUGAAGAACGGAGACAGAAUGAAGACGGAGACGGACUGAAGCAGCUUCUUCUCUCCAGAAGAGUCUGAAGAAGAUGUGAAGAGAGUUGAUCAGGGAGGUGGGCGGGUUUUGGCAGGAAACAGGAAAUAGUGUGACGUUUCACCCUGAGUGUGGGUUGAGACAGUGAGACGGCGUCCUCACAUCAAGCAGAGACAGACAGAAGGACUGAGGAGGGACGGAGAGCAGCUUCUUCUCUCCAGAAGAGUCUGAAGAAGAUGUGAAGAGAGUUGAUCAGAGUAAAACAUCUCACCUGAAUCAAGCAUGUCAACUCCUCAACGUGAAUUUUCCAGGGACUCUAUGAACACAGAGUGAAAGAUCAGUGAGAGAAAUCUGACUCUUCACAAGGUCAAAGAUGAGCUCAGUUCCAGAAGUCUUCCUGAGAAUGCUGGAUGAUUUGUUAGAGGAUGAGUUUAAAAGGUUCAAGUUCCAUUUGAGCAAUAUCGAGGACUUUGAAGGAUGCAGAGCAAUCCCAGCAGGACAACUGGAGCCAUUGGACAAGCCGGAGACAGCGACUCAGAUCCACCAGACCUACAGCAAUCAUGCUCUUGAAGUCAUGAAAAUGGUUUUAGAGAAAAUAGGAAAGAAGCAUAUAUGGGAUAAACACACCAAAAAGACCCCAGAACCUCAAGGGGAAUGCCAUCCUGAAGAAGCUCAUUUGUCAGCAAAAUCUCAGGAGUGUCAAGGAGAGUAUCACGAGAAACUCAAGUCCAACCUGAAGAGGAGGUUCCAGCGCGUGUCUGAGGGAGUUGCUAAACAAGGAGAGUCCACCCUCCUGAACCAGAUCUACACAGAGCUCCACAUCACAGAGGGAAGGACUGCAGAGGUCAAUCAGGAACAUGAGGUCUUACAGAUUGAAACAGCAUCCAGGACAGCAGACAGAGCAGAAACAAGCAUCAGACCAGAAGACAUGUUUAAAGCCCCACCUGGAAGAUCUCAACCAAUCAGAACAGUGCUGACAAAGGGAGUGGCUGGCAUUGGGAAAACUGUCCUGACACAGAAGUUCACUCUGGACUGGGCUGAAGACAAAGACAACCAGGACGUCCACUUCAUAUUUCCAUUCACCUUCAGAGAGCUGAAUGUAGUGAAGGAGGAGAAGUUCAGCUUGGUGGGACUUGUUCAUCACUUCUUCAGUGAAACAGAAGAUGCAGGAAUCUGCUGCUUCGAAGAAUUCCAGGUGAUCUUCAUCUUUGAUGGUCUGGAUGAGUGUCGACUCCCUCUGGACUUCCACCACACUAAGUUCCUGACUGACAUUAGAAAGUCCACCUCAGUGGAUGUUCUGCUGAUAAACCUCAUCAGGGGGAAAUUGAUUCCCUCUGCUCGCCUCUGGAUCACCACACGACCUGCAGCAGCCAAUCAGAUCCCUGCUGACUGUGUGGACAGGGUGACAGAGGUCCGAGGGUUCACUGACCCCCAGAAGGAGGAGUACUUCAGGAGGAGGUUCAGAGAGGAGGAGCAGGCCAGCAGGAUCAUCUCCCACAUCAAGACCUCCCGAAGCCUCCACAUCAUGUGCCACAUCCCGGUCUUCUGCUGGAUCACUGCUGAAGUUCUGGAGGAGGAGCUGAAGAGCAGAGAGGGAGGAGAGCUGCCGAAGACCCUGACUGAGGUGUACAUCCGCCACCUGGUGGCCCAGAUUAAAAGGAACAAGGUCAAGUAUGAUGGAGGAGCUGCCACAGAUCCACACUGGAGUCCAGAGAGCAGGGAGAUGAUAGAGUCUCUGGGAAAACUGGCUUUUGAUCAGCUGCAGAAAGGAAUCCUGAUCUUCUAUGAACGUGACCUGAAAAAGUGUGGCAUUGACCACGAGGUAGCCUUAAAGUACUCAGGAAUGUUCACACAGAUCUUUAAAAAGGAGAAAGGCCUCCAGGACACGGUGUUCUGCUUCAUCCAUCUGAGCCUUCAGGAGUUUCUGGCUGCUCUUCAUGUCCAUCAGACCUUCAUCAACUCUGGAACCAGCCUGUUAAAAAAACAAGAGCAAACAUCCUGGUGGUCAAACCUGUGGAAGCAGAAACCAAAACUCCACCAUCUCCAUCAGAGAGCUGUGGACGAGGCCUUGAAGAGUCCAAAUGGACACCUGGACUUGUUCCUCCGCUUCCUCCUGGGUCUUUCACUGGAGACCAAUCAGAGUCUCCUUCGAGAUCUGCUGACACAGACAGGAAGUAGCUCACAGUCCAAUCAGGAAACAGUCCAGUACAUCAAGGAGAAGCUGAGUGAGAGUCUGUCUGCAGAGAGAAGCAUCAAUCUGUUCCACUGUCUGAAUGAACUGAAUGAUGGUUCUCUGGUGGAGGAGAUCCAACAGUCCCUGAGAUCAGGAAGUCUCUACCCAGCGCUACUGUCUCCUGCUCAGUGGUCAGCUCUGGUCUUCAUCUUACUGUCAUCAGAAGAACAGCUGAAGGAGUUUGACCUGAAGAAAUAUGUUGCUUCAGAGUGGGCUCUUCUGAAGCUGCUGCCAGUGGUCAAAGCCUCCAAAAAAGCUCUGUUGAGCGGCUGUGGUCUGUCAGAGAGAAGCUGUGGAGCUCUGUCCUCAGUUCUCAGCUCUCAGUCCUCCAGUCUGACACAUCUGGACCUGAGCUACAAUCAUCCAGAAGACUCAGGAGCAAAGCUACUGUCUUCUGGACUGGAGAGUCCUCACUGUAAACUGGAAGCUCUCAGUCUGUCAGGGUGUCUGGUCUCAGAGGAAGGCUGUGCUUCUCUGUCCUCCAGUCUGAAACAUCUGGACCUGAGUAACAACCAGCUGCAGGAUUCAGGAGUGGAACGUCUUUCUGCUGCAGUGGAGGAUCCACACUGCUCACUGGAGACUCUCAGGUUGAGCUGCUGUGGUCUGUCAGAGAGAAGCUGUGGAGCUCUGUCCUCAGUUCUCAGCUCUCAGUCCUCCAGUCUGACACAUCUGGACCUGAGUAACAACGACCUGCAGGAUUCAGGAGUGAAGCGUCUGUCUCUUGGACUGGAGAGUCCUCACUGUAAACUGGAAGCUCUCAGUCUGUCAGGGUGUCUGGUCUCAGAGGAAGGCUGUGCUUCUCUGGUCUCAGCUGUGAGAUCCAAGUCCUCCCAUCUGAGAGAGCUGGACCUGAGCUACAACCAUCCAGGAGCCUCAGGAGUGAAGGAGCUGUCAGCGGCAGUGGAGGAUCCACACUGCUCACUGGAGACUCUCAGGGUGGACCAUGGUGGACAGCAGAGGCUCAAACCUGGUCUGAGGAAGUAUUUCUCUGAACUCCAACUGGAUGAAAACUCAAUGAACAGAUUCCUCAAACUGUCCAACAACAACAGGAAGGUGACACGUGUGGAGGAAGAGCAGCCGUAUCCUGAUCAUCCAGACAGAUUUGAUGUCAGGAAACAGCUGCUGUGUAGAAAUGAUCUGAGUGGUCGAUGUUACUGGGAGGUCGAGUGGAGCAGAGAUGUUUAUAUAUCAGUGAGUUACAGAGGAAUCAGAAGGAAAGGAGACAGUGUGGAGUGUUGGUUUGGAUGGAAUCAUCAGUCCUGGAGUCUGGAGUGGGAUGAAGGAUGUUACUUUGUCAUUCACAAAAACAGAGAAACCUCCUCCUCCUCCUCCUUCUCCUUCUCCUCCCCCUCCUCUGGUAGAGUAGCAGUGUAUGUGGACUGUCCUGCUGGCUCUCUGUCCUUCUUCAGAGUCUCCUCUGACUCUCUGAUCCACCUCUACACCUUCAACACCACAUUCACUGAGCCUCUAUAUGCUGGAUUUGGACUCUUGGACUCUGGUUCUUCAGUGAGUCUGUGUCCUCUGUAGGAAGGAUGUGUGUCUCUGACAGCAGGGAGGAGGAGGAGCCUAUCAGAAAGUGGGAGGAGUUUAGCUCCACUAAAGACGUGAUUUCUUCUGUAUUCCAUCUGGUAUUUGUUGUGGUUUCAUUGUUGUGGUGUUUCUUGAAAUGUUCCAUCAUAAAGUAUUAAAGGUAAAUCAUUGACAAGUCAAACAGU